AUAGAGAAGUGGGUUAAACACUCGCGAAAUAAUCCACUUUCUAUUGCUCCAAACCGAUUCGAUCGAAACCAAUCGGUGGCCCGCAUCGGUGAGCAGUGAUUUCCGUUUCACACUCUCGUGAACCCGUUGCCGUUCCACCCCCAUACGAGAAGUGAAUGCGAGAGGGGAGCAUGGCUCGCUGGAGCAGCAGGUAAGGACCGCGUCCCAGUUUUACGCUGGCCAUCAGGACUACUAGUGCCACCGGAAUACACAAUAAUAUCGUCGAGUUAACGUCAUGGCGAGCACGAAUGACAGCGCGACCGCGGCGGACUCUUCGAAAAAAUCCGUGGACCUCGCGCGCAAGGAGCUGAGCGCGAUAUUGGGAAAAAUGAACGGCCUGAGACUUCCGGUUAAAGCCUGGCGGCUGCUAGGCGCCCGCUCGCGACUGAGACCCAUGAAACUGAUAAAAAUCCGCGCGAGGCACCUGUGGCUCCUCUUGCUGAUCGUCACGUGGCUCGCGGUGCAAGUCUCGUGGACUUACGUGCUGGCGUAUCGAUAUAGCAAGUGCUGGAUAACGACGCCCUCGUUUGUGCAAAAACUUUUCCGACCGCCGCAAGACUGUUCGAUCUGCCGGGAUGUUCAACAGGUUGACAAACUCUCCGCCGUCGAUCCAACGAUCUUUGAGCAACGCUACGCGUAUUCAGGGAAGCCGGUGGUAAUAAACGAUGCAAUGGCAAACUGGACAGCACCUAAGGUGUUCUCCUUCUCGUUCUUCAAAACGCUCUAUGACGGCGAACAAGCGAAUUGCCAGUUCUUCCCGUACAAGACGGAAUUUCGGAAUCUGCAGGACGUCUUCGACAUGAGCGCCGAUCGAGCCAUGAUGGAGAAGGGCACGACGCCGUGGUAUGUCGGAUGGAGCAAUUGCGACGAGAAAAUCGGUGUUAUAUUGAGGCAGCAUUAUCAGAGACCGUAUUUUCUUCCCGCUACUGCCGAAAGCAAGAAAACGGAUUGGAUUUUCAUGGGAAGCAACGGCUAUGGCGCACCAAUGCAUGUGGACGAUGUGGACUAUCCCUCCUGGCAGGCGCAGAUAAAGGGUGAAAAAUUGUGGAUUUUAGAUCCGCCGAGGGAGUGUCACUACACAUGCAAGAGGCUGGAAGUGAUUGUGCAUACCGGAGAGAUAAUCGUCUUGGACACGAAUCGAUGGUACCACCAAACGAAAAUCAUUUCCGACGAUAUGAGCAUUACCAUCGGAGCCGAAUAUGACUAAAGGAAGUCGCUCCAAAGUUAAUUUAGUUACAUGACAGAUUAAUUUAUUAUGUAAUCGGAACAACUGACAAAGAAAUUUAUUAAUUACAAGAAUAAGUUCCUACGUGCGAAUGUACAAAAUAAUAAAAUUUGGUGAUGAGAAUAAAACAUUUAAUCAUCAUUCCUAGAAUAUUUUCUAGUUAAAAGAAGUUAAUUUUGCAAUAUUAUGCGCGAUUAAUUUAUUCCGUCUCGGUAUUUUAAUUCAUCAUUCGAUUUGCAGAAUAUUUAAAAAAUGAAACGAAUAGAUUUUCGUAUAUAAA